UGUUCCCACGCAUGGUUGAGCUGCAUGAAACUUUCCGGUGUGAUUCGCAGGUUUCAUGAAAACACCUGAUUUGCAUCUCAAUUCAACUGAAAUCAAUUAAAUUCGGAGACAAGCAAAGUCAGAAUGACAGAGCCAAACGCCAAGAUACAAGCCAUGUCUACGCUCGAUCAACUGAAAAGCUUCACCACGGUUGUCGCCGACACCGGCGACUUUGAAGCCAUGAAGAAGUACAAACCUACAGAUGCCACUACUAACCCCUCGCUGAUCCUGGCAGCUGCUGGCAUGCCGAACUAUAAAGGCCUCAUUUCUGAAGCAGUCAACUAUGCAAAAAAACAUGGGAAAACUCUAGAUGAACAAGUGACAAUUGCCUCAGAUAAGCUUUUUGUCCUAUUUGGAUGUGAAAUUCUCAAAAUUAUCCCUGGAAGGGUUUCUACAGAAGUAGAUGCAAGAUUGUCUUUUGAUCAAGAGGGGAUGAUUUCUAAGGCUCGGCGAUUUAUACAGCUGUACAAAGAGGCCGGUAUUGAUAAAGAAAGAAUCCUCAUUAAGCUGAGUUCUACCUGGGAAGGUAUUCAGGCUGCCAAGCAGCUGGAGGAGGAAUAUGGCAUCCACUGUAACCUCACACUGCUCUUCUCUUUUGCACAGGCAGUGGCAUGUGCAGAGGCUGGUGUUACGCUUAUCUCCCCUUUCGUAGGCCGUAUCCUGGACUGGUAUGUGAAGAACACUGACCAGAAAAGCUUUGAGCCUCAGGAUGACCCUGGUGUGAAGAGUGUCACCCAGAUCUACAACUACUACAAGAAGUUUGGUUACAAAACCGUUGUUAUGGGCGCAUCUUUUAGGAAUACAGGGGAAAUAACUGAGCUGGCUGGCUGUGAUCUUCUCACCAUAGGGCCCAGUCUCUUGGAGAAACUGUCUGAAUCUACAGAGAAGCUGGUGGUUAAGCUGGAUGCUAAAGCAGCUAAAAAACUUGACCUAGAGAAGAUAGAACUGGAUGAGAAAACCUUUCGCUGGAUGCUAAAUGAAGAUGCCAUGGCCACAGAUAAACUUUCGGAAGGCAUUCGGAAAUUUGCCGCUGAUGCUGUAAAAUUAGAGAGCAAGAUUCGUGAGUUACUGGCCUAAUGUGAGUGUGAAGGUCAAGCAGUGAGAACACAUGUGGAGGAUAUAGACGGAGUUAUUUUAUGUUAAAACAGACAUGC